AGAGUCUUCCUCAUCCUCGGAGGAGUCUGUCAGCAAGCAGCGGUACGAGGAGCGAGUUAAACAUCCAAUUCUGCUACCGGAGACCGAAUUAAACUCAAUUCCCGCAUUCAGAAAUCGAAGUGAAGGUCUUCACACUGUGAAUGGAUCAUGGAGUGUGUUCCUGCUGUUCUAGAUGAGUUGGAUUGUAAAAAGGAGAUGCACAUAGAGGAUCCUGAAUUUAAUGUGUACACCCGCUUCAUGAAAUCCCACCGCUGCUAUGAUCUGGUACCAACUAGUUCCAAAUUAGUGGUGUUUGACACUUCUCUCCAGGUGAAGAAAGCAUUCUUUGCACUAGUGUCUAAUGGUGUGAGAGCAGCGCCGCUCUGGGACAGCAAGAAACAAUGCUUCGUUGGUAUGCUGACCAUCACUGAUUUCAUCAAUAUACUUCAUCGCUAUUACAAAUCUCCACUGGUCCAGAUAUAUGAGUUAGAAGAGCACAAAAUAGAGACCUGGAGAGAGGUUUACUUACAAGAUUCCUUUAAGCCUCUAGUGAGCAUAUCACCCAAUGCCAGCCUAUAUGAUGCAGUUUCAUCUCUACUAAAGCAUAAGAUCCACAGAUUACCUGUCAUCGAUCCUCUAACGGGAAAUGCUCUCUACAUCCUUACGCACAAGAGGAUCCUCAAAUUCCUCAAACUCUUUAUAUCUGAGAUGCCCAAACCUGCGUUUCUGUCUCAAACACUGGAGGAGCUGAACAUCGGGACGUUUGAGAACAUUGCAGUGGUUCACUCCGAUACGCCACUGUACGCCGCGCUCGGCAUCUUCGUGGAGCAGAGAGUGUCUGCUCUUCCUGUGGUGGAUGAAAAUGGACGUGUGGUUGACAUCUAUUCCAAGUUUGAUGUUAUAAAUCUGGCAGCUGAAAAGACCUACAAUAACCUGGACAUCACCGUGACUAAAGCGCUCCAGCAUCGCUCACAGUAUUUCGAGGGUGUGCUGACCUGCAGAGCCAGCGAGACGCUCCAGGCCAUCAUCAACAGACUAGUGGAGGCCGAGGUUCACAGGUUAGUGAUCGUGGAUGAGCAGGAGGUUGUGAAGGGCAUCGUGUCUCUGUCUGAUAUCUUACAGGCCUUAGUUCUCACCAGUGGAGAUGACGGAAGUGCUUGAUGGAAGUAGAGUUCAGACGAGCGUCUCUGUAAGUCUUAAUCUAUUAGAGGAGCCCCAGGAAAAAGAGGGAAAAUGCAAACAUCCCAAAAACAAGAGUUAAUAAAAGCACAAGUCAUUCAUCAGAAAACAAACAGCUUUUAUAACAAGACACUUUUUCUUUGUUAAAGAAAUGAGCCCAAAACUCGCUGUGCCCAUUCAGGGAGUUUUAAUAAUAAAACGUCAUUCAGGAGAAUUGAAUUCUGCUUAGAUGAAAAAAAAGAGAGUAGAGACAUACAUGAGGUCAAAGGUCAACCCUGGAGUAAUCAUUGACUUGAUAAAGCGCUUCAGGAAGAAAUGGUGUGUUUUACAGGGUAAUGUAGCGUGUUUUCUCUUUUGAUAUUGAAAAAAUCCUUCAUUCUUGACUGUUUUCUACACUACACUGAUCUGAGAGCAGUAUUCACAGCCACUUCUGCUUCCUUUACAAUGUGAAUGUAGAGUAAAGGGAAUGAUUUGAUGAUGUUGAUUUUUAAACCGUUUAUAUUUAGUCAUUUACAGCUCUGUGAUGUUAAUUAACAUCAUAGUGUGUGUGUGUGUGUGUGUACAGAGUUGAAGGCAAAAAUGUUUAGCCCUCCUGUGAAAUGUUUUCAAAUAUUUUAUUUUUUCACAACACAUUUCUAAACAUAAUAGUUUCACUGAUUAGAUUUCUUUUGUCUUUGCCGUUAUGACAGGACGUCAUAUUUGUCUGGUUAUUUUGAAAGAUACUAGUGUUCAGCUUAAACAUCAUUUUCCCAACGUGUAUAAUAAUAUUGACCUUAAAAAAGUCCCCCCAAAACAAAAUAAUAAUAACAGGCUAAUAAAAUCGACCCCCAAAAUAAAAUAAUAAUAACAGGCUAAUAAAAUUGACCCCCAAAAUAAAAUAAUAAUAACAGGCUAAUAAAAUCGACCCCCAAAAUAAAAUAAUAAUAACAGGCUAAUAAAAUUGACCCCCAAAAUAAAAUAAUAAUAACAGGCUAAUAAACUUAACCCCCAAAAAUAAAAUAAUAAUAACAGGCUAAUAAAAUUGACCCCAAAAUUAUAAUAAUAAUAAUAACAGGCUAAUAAACUUGACCCCAAAAAUAAAAUAAUAAUAACAGGCUAAUAAACUUAACCCCCAAAAUAAAAUAAUAAUAACAGGCUAAUAAAAUCGACCCCCAAAAUAAAAUAAUAAUAACAGGCUAAUAAAAUUUACCCCCAAAACAAAAUAAUAAUAACAGGCUAAUAAAAUUGACCCCCAAAAUAAAAUAAUAAUAACAGGCUAAUAAAAUUGACCCCCAAAAUAAAAUAAUAAUAACAGGCUAAUAAACUUGACCCUAAAAAUAAAAUAAUAAUAACAGGCUAAUAAACUUGACCCCAAAAAUAAAAUAAUAAUAACAGGCUAAUAAAAUUGACCCCAAAAUUAUAAUAAUAAUAAUAACAGGCUAAUAAACUUGACCCCAAAAAUAAAAUAAUAAUAACAGGCUAAUAAACUUAACCCCCAAAAUAAAAUAAUAAUAACAGGCUAAUAAAAUCGACCCCCAAAAUAAAAUAAUAAUAACAGGCUAAUAAAAUUUACCCCCAAAACAAAAUAAUAAUAACAGGCUAAUAAAAUUUACCCCCAAAAUAAAAUAAUAAUAACAGGCUAAUAAAAUUUACCCCCAAAAUAAAAUAAUAAUAACAGGCUAAUAAAAUUUACCCCCAAAAUAAAAUAAUAAUAACAGGCUAAUAAAAUCGACCCCCAAAAUAAAAUAAUAAUAACAGGCUAAUAAAAUCGACCCCCAAAAUAAAAUAAUAAUAACAGGCUAAUAAAAUCGACCCCCAAAAUAAAAUAAUAAUAACAGGCUAAUAAAAUCGACCCCCAAAAUAAAAUAAUAAUAAUAAUUUCUUAAAGGGGCUAAUAAUAUUGACCUUUAAAAAAAAGUCCCCUCAAAACAAAAUAAUAACAGGCUAAUAAAAUUGACCAAAAAAAUAAAAUAAUAAUAAUAAUAAUAAUUAUUAUUAUUAUAAAUAUUAAAGGGGCUAAUAAUAUUGACCUUAAAAAAAGUCCCCCAAAAUAAAAUAUUAAUAACAGGCUAAUAAAAUUGACCCCAAAAAUAAAAUAAUAAUUUCUUUAAAGGGGCUUAUAAUACUGACCUUAAAAAUCCUCUCAAAAUAAUCAAAUAAAAUAAGAAUAAUUUCUUAAAGGGGCUAAUAAUAUUGACCAUAAAAGUUCCCCAAAAUAAUAUAAUAAUAAUUAUUAUUAUAAAAACGGCAUCACGGUGGCUCAGUGGUUAGCACUGUCGGCUCACAGCAAGAAGGUCACUGGUUCGAGUCCCAGCUGGGUCAGUUGGCAUUUCUGUGUGGAGUUUGCAUGUUCUCCCCAUGUUGGUGUGGGUUUCCUCCGGGUGCUCCGGUUUCCCCCACAGUCCAAACACAUGCACUAUAGGGGAAUUGAAUAAGCUAAAUUGGCCGUAGUGUGUGAGUGUGUAUGGGUGUGUACCAGUGUUGGGGUGUUGCUGGAAGGGCAUCCGCUGUGUAAAACAUAUGCUGGAUGUGGCGACCCCUGAUUAAUAAAGGGACUAAGCCGAAAAGAAAAUGAAUGAAUGAAUGAAUAAUAAUAAUAAUAAUAAAAAUCCACCCUAAAAUAAAAUAAUAAUAAUAAUUUAUUAAAGGGGCUAAUAAUAUUGACUUUAAAGAGAUCUCUUUUUUUUUUAAUGGCAAAGAAAAAGAAAUCAAACUGUGUCUAGAAUAAAUAAAUAAUGGGACAUUUAAAUGCUAUUGUUUUAAAUUGAAAUUUCAUUGAAGGGCUAAAAGUCUUCCUCUUUAACUGCGUAUAAUCAUAGAUCAAUUAUUCAUUUCUUCUUGAUUUUCUUGAUUGUUUCGGGCCGCACAGACUCGUGUUUUAUUCCUGAUUUCACUUCUUCUAUAUGCUUUUAAAAUGUCGCUGAUUUUAUUUGAUUCAAACACAUUCACCAGCCUUUAUUAAAUUGCUAACAGCUUUUAUUUAUAACCGCUAUAGUGAAGAACAGCGACACAAACUGUCAGCAGUGCAUUAUGGGUAAUCUGUCUCUUCGUUUCAGGUGCUUCCACAAUUAGCAGCUAAUGUCAUUUGACCAAAAUGUAUCAUGGGGUCCAAAAAUGAAGAUGUUAAGAAGUUAGACCUUUAUUAUGAAGGGUUAUAGUUUGUUAUUAAUAAUUUGAGAGUUGUUUUUUUCCCGCUAAACUGAAUAUGAGAAGCAUCAGACGACGCGCACUUUUGUUGUUUUUAUCGUAGCUGGUCUCGCUACACAACAGAUCAUUCCGUCAUGUUAUGGUAUUAUAUGUUCUGUCAUGUUAUUAUAUUCAUUUUUGUGUAAAUACACCUGAACUGUUUUCUAAUUCUGUCUUUACAAAGAGGUUUUAUUCAAGGCACAACUAAAUAAAUUUUAUUCCGUUUAUCAGUU